AUGGGCAUGUUGCGCACGCCCGCGGAAGGCGGAGCUGAGGGCAGUAUGAAAGGCUCACAUGCCUCGUUUCAUCCUCCGCCUCUCUACAGCAAAAUGGCGACUGUUGACUACGACUCCUCCGUGGAUCAAGAGAUGGACGUAACCAGUGACGAGGAGUUAGAGAGGGAAGCUGAAGGCUUUAAAGAACAGGGUAAUGCCUACUAUGUCAAGAAGGACUAUGCUGAAGCAUUCAACUUCUACACCAAAGCCAUCGACCUGUGUCCAAAAAAUGUCAGCUACUAUGGCAACCGUGCAGCCACAUUGAUGAUGCUGAGCCGCUACAGAGAGGCAUUGGAGGACUCCCAGCUGGCCGUGCGACUAGACAACACCUUCAUGAAGGGUCACAUGCGUGAGGGCAAAUGCCACCUGCUGCUCGGCAACGCAAUGGCCGCCGGCCGCUGCUUCCAGAAGAUUCUAGACCUGGAACCAGACAACAGCCAGGCCCAACAGGAGAUGAAGAAUGCAGAAUCCAUCCUGGAGUUCGAGCGAAUGGCUGAGAUUAGCUUUGAAAAGCGAGACUUUAGGAUGGUGGUUUUCUGUAUGGAUCGGGCACUGGAGUCUGCAUCUGCAUGUCACAGGUUCAAGGUGCUUAAAGCUGAAUGUCUGGCACUGCUAGGACGUUAUCCAGAGGCCCAAUCUGUUGCUAGUGACAUUUUGCGGAUGGACUCCACAAACGGUGAUGCCCUGUAUGUGCGGGGAUUAUGUCUGUACUAUGAAGAUUGUAUCGAUAAAGCUGUGCAGUUCUUCAUUCAAGCACUCCGCAUGGCACCAGACCAUGAAAAAGCCCGUCUAGCCUGCAGAAAUGCUAAAGCUCUGAAGGCAAAGAAAGAAGAAGGGAACAAGGCGUUUAAAGAGGGCAGCUAUGAAGAAGCUUAUAACCUCUACUCUGAAGCCCUGACCAUCGACCCAAACAACAUUAAAACCAACGCUAAGCUCUACUGCAACCGAGCCACUGUUGGAUCCAAGUUACAUAAACUGGAUCAGGCCAUUGAAGACUGUACAAAGGCUAUUAAACUGGACGAGUCCUAUAUUAAGGCUUAUUUGAGAAGAGCCCAGUGUUACAUGGACACGGAGCAGUAUGAAGAGGCCGUCAGAGACUAUGAGAAGGUUUAUCAAACAGAAAAGACUAAAGAACACAAGAACCUGUUGAAGAACGCUCAGUUAGAGCUGAAGAAAAGCAAGAGGAAAGAUUAUUACAAAGUUCUAGGGGUGGAUAAAAAUGCCACAGAAGAUGCAAUCAAGAAGGCUUACCGUAAACGUGCCCUUAUGCACCAUCCAGACCGACACAGCGGAGCGAGUGCUGAGGUGCAGAAGGAGGAGGAGAAGAAGUUUAAGGAGGUUGGGGAGGCCUUUACCGUGCUGUCCGACCCCAAGAAGAAAUCUCGCUAUGACAGCGGUCAUGAUCUGGAGGAUGAUGACAUGAACAUGGACCUUGAUGCCAACAACAUCUUCAAAGCAUUCUUUGGAAGUCCUGGUGGCUUUAGCUUUGAAGCAUCUGGACCUGGGAAUUUCUUCUUCCAGUUUGGUUAACUUGGCAACUUCCAGUAUGUAUGCAGUAGUUCCACAACCGAAUCCCCCAGAAACCGGUUUACUCAUCUUCAUCCCUGCUCUCUGGUGCAACAGGCCUUCGGCCCCACAGUUCGACUGCAUCUGUGCCAUUGACUUGUUUUACUGCUUUUGCACAAAGACAGCAACGGCAGGGGCAUAACCAUUCUGUACCAGACAAACAUGAUGCACUGUGUCUGUUUUGGCCCUUGUAAAACUGUUUUUUUUUUAACACUGUAUCAUCCAAAAUUAACCCCUUUUUCCACAUUCAAAAGAAAUGAAGAUGCCAAUAUAUUUGUUUUGAAAAGCCUUGACCACAAAAUAAGAUGAUUUGUUGGGUGGGGUGGGGCGGGGUGAGUGUAGGUGAAGUGUUUUAUUAAGGUGCAAACCUGUCUUCGACAAAUCCAUCGUUUCUUCUUAAAACUGAGUAUUUUGAGCAUUCUGAGAAGACUCAGAUCUCAUUUUACUCUCACUCAAUCCCUCAAGCUUACUGAUCACAAACUGGUCCAUCUGUAUCCAAAGCAUGUUGGUUAAAACCAUGGAGUAAUACAGGAAAUGAUUACUGCUAGAGACAUGUGGAUUGUUAAAACCUGUAUAAAGUAAUAAUUCAACAGAUUAUAUUUAUGCAACAUUGUAAAACAAUUUACUUAAAGACUUCAGCAAACAAUUACUAUGUAAAUGCAGCGCGUCAUGCUGAGGCUCAUAAGAAUAAUAAUGCUGGUUCGUUGUUCCCUGUUCUGUUUCAUUGAUUCGGGCACACAAAUGAAUAGUUUGACUACUGCAUACAAAGGUUAAGCGAGAGAAGGGUGGAGUUUUGGCAUUCGAGCACCUGUUGGCCACACCCUUCUCUGUAAAGUUCAUUUGUUAAAUGUUGCCAUUCAACCCCUCGCUGCGUUGUACAUUUUACUGGAAUGUAAGUGUUUCUUUUGUGUUGAUACUUUGACUUUUUUUAACGGAGAUACAUUCACUUUUUUGAUAUGUAUAUUUAUUGUAAAUUUGCUGACGUGAGCUUUGGACGGAUGGAUGAUCUUUAAAUACACCAGGAUCAGCACUCCCAUGAUUUAACCCCAGUGACAAAAAUCUUGAAUUCAUUUCUCAGUUAAGAGUACUAAUUUGAUCUGGUUAUAUGUGGCUUAAUUUCCACAGUGUGUGUGUAAUAUGGAUGUGUGUAAAUUUCAGGUGCGGUCAGUGAGCCAUGUUCGGUGAUCUCUACCAUUUCAACUAAAGCCUUUAAUGUUCUUCGAACAUGGAACAUUCUCGUGCUGUAUUUGGCAUGACAGUUUACUGUGUAGCCACGUGUAAUGAUUGAGCCUUUGUUCUGGAUUACCUUUAUUUUGAAAGCUCUCCGGUGUAUUGAAAAGACAUGUCCAUGCUUACAUUGCUCACUCUGCAAGAACAGUCUUGACUAUGGACCGUUUUUAAAGCCAUGUAAAUAAAGUAAGCCUCUUUGUUUCCCCUUCA